AUGUCGGCUUCAAAAACACGUAAGGUAGAUAAUGAGAACAGGGUGUUUCAUGACGAGUGGACCGAGUUAUAUGCAUUUACUUUACCCGCGAGAAGCACACAGCCUGUGUGUCUUUUAUGCCACCAGCAUAUAGCCGUUGUGAAAAGUUCUAACAUUAAACGACACUACGACAAACAUCGGACUAGUUUCGAGAGAGAUUACCCUCUGAAAUCUGCUGUCAGGAGCCAGCAUUUACUCGAUUUAAGAGCCCGGUAUCAUCGAUCCCAAAGGAUCAUGACCAAUGCAUUUACCGGUCAGCAGCGAGCACUUGAAUGUUCCCUCCGUGUUGCCUGGGUUUUGGGCCAAAACAAGAAACCAUUCGCUGACUGUGCGGUUGUCAAGAAGUGUGCCCUGGAAAUAGUUAAAACAUUGACUGACGGCAAACAACAAGAAAAACUGUGUAAAAAAGUGGCAGAAAUCCCCAUGUCAGCAACAACAGCCACAAGGAGAUGUGAGGUUUUAACUGAGGAUGUGCUCCAACAGCUGGAUGAAGCGGUCAGGAGCGUACCUGUAGGUUUAGCUGUGGAUGAGUCGACAGACGUGACUGAUAAUGCACAACUAUUAGUUUAUGUUAGGUUUUUCAACAAAGAGAAGAAAGUGUUCUGUGAGGACCUGUUAGGUGUGGCCCCCCUCAAGACCAGCACAAAAGGUGAAGAUAUAUACAAGGCAAUCAAAGAGAUGCUGACGGAGAGGGGAAUAGACAUGAAACUAGUGGUGUCCAUAACCACAGACGGAGCCCCAUCCAUGGUAGGACGAGAGAGAGGAGCUGUGGCAAGGAUGAAGGAGGACCACGGUGAACUCAUCUCAUAUCACUGCAUCAUCCACCAGACUGUGCUGUGUGCCCUCCUGAGUUAUGAGUACAAGGAGGUAGGCCUACAUUUCCACUUUUUCAGUAUCUGUAUGUUCCUUCUUGUGUCUGUCUGUCUGUGUGUAUGUGUGGGGGGUAACGUUUGAGUGUGUGUGUGUGUGUCUGUGUCCUGUGUGUGUGUGUUCUGUCUGUCUGUCUGUGUCCUGUGUGUGUAUGUGUCUGGGGUAAUUUUUGAGUGUGUGUGUGUGUGUCUGUUUGUCUGUUUGCCUGUGUCUGUGUCCUGUGUGUGUAUGUGUGUGGGGUAAUAUUUGAGUGUGUGUGUGUGUGUGCAUGUGUGUCUGUCUGUGUCCUGUGUGUGUAUGUGUGUGUGUUAAUUGUAUUGCUAAUGUAAUUUUAUAAUAAAGACACCAGUAGCCAAUAUUACAUUGUAAGCUACGUUGUUACUGGUCAAAAAUAAAUAUGUGUCCAAAUAAAUAUGACUCUCCAUCUCUUCUUUUUCAUCUUGAGGUGAUGGACGUGAUGAUGAGAAUGAUAAACUUUCUGCGGGAAUCCUCAUCCCUCCAGCAUCGUGUCCUCAGAGAAUACCUCCAUGAAGUGGAUGCAGAAGCUGAUGACCUUCUCCUCCACAACAAUGUAAGAUGGCUCAGCAAAGGUAGAGUGCUGGAGCGCUUUUGGGCCAUCCGGGAGGAGAUUGGAGUUUUCUUAUCCCAGCUGAGGAGCAACAAGGCAACUCGUUUUUCUUGCUUCUUAGAAGAUGAUGAGAAAAUGGAUAUUGUAGCUUUUUUAGUUGACAUUACAUCUCACCUGAAUAAACUGAAUCUGAAGCUACAGGGCAAGGACAAUUCCAUCUGUGACCUAAUGAUGGCUGUAAGUGCCUUCCAGAGGAAACUGGAGGUGUUCAGAGAAGACCUGCAAGGAGAGUGUGCUCACUUCCCUUCAGUACAGCAGCAGGUGCAGGGGCAGAGAGAUUUGUCUGCUUUUGUGGACUUUGUUGACCGACUGACUGAAAACUUCAGCCAACGAUUUGACAUUUUCACUCUUGGACAGCAGCUCACCCUGUUUAUCCAGGAUCCCUUCCUUAUCACGGAUGUUAGGGGGUUCUCAAAGGAGGUCACACAGCUCUUCAAAUGGGCUGAAGCUGGUCCUCUACAGAUGGAACUGGUUGAUCUUCAGGCAGACAUGGCACUGAAGGAGCAAUUUGGAGGAAGUGAAUCUGCCACCUUCUGGAUGGAGAUGGUCCCUGGAAAAGGCUUCACAGGUCUGAGUAAAAUAGCUCUGUACACUCUGACCAUGUUUGGUUCCACCUACAGCUGCGAAGCAGCUUUUUCGACCAUGAACAUCGUCAAAGACAAAUAUCGCAACAGGCUCACUAAUGAUCAUCUCCACAUGUGUUCGAGGAUGGCCCUGACAUCUUUCGAGCCCAGAUUCAAAAAGUUGGCUGGAAAAGAUGGAGCCCGCUUCUCACGAGCUCCUCUUUCUGAGUGA